UUCAAAAUGCAAAAAAUAAACAGGACAAUGUAAAUAUCCGAGACGUAUUAUUGUUAUUGAUGAUUAAGCUUUGUUAAAAAGGCAAUAUGGAGUAUUGCCACAAGUUAUUCUCGUCAAAACAACACAUUUCAAAAGUCUUAAAAAUGCCGUUGGUUCAAACAGCAAACUAACUUUUUAAUGAAUGCAACUGAGCCAAAUAUUUAUGUCAUUUUUCCUGUUCCAGUCUAAUUGUUUAACUUAUGAGCCACUUUCCUACCGAUAUUUAAACUGUAACGGUUUAAAUAUUUAAACCGUUUAAUUAAGCUGUAACGGUUUGAAUAUUUAAACCGUUUAUUUAAAUAUUUAAACCGUUAAUUUAAACUGUAACGGUUCGAAUAUUUAAAUCCGUUUAUUUAAACUGUAACGGUUUGAAUAUUAUUCGUUAUCAUUAGUAUGCAGCUGCUACAGGUCUGAAUUGGAUUAUUAAUAUUUUCUUAACAGGAUAUUAUUAACAGUCUUAGAUUGCUCUUAAAUAUUUAUCUACUAUCGAAUGACAAAUUUGUGCAGAACCUUUUUGUGACUGUGACCAUGUAAAUGACAAACUGCUAAUGAAAAUAAUGACAGGAAGCUGAUCAUGUGCAAGUCCAUAAUUCCAGCUUGUGAAGCCAAAAUGGAUGAAGAUGGAGGGAAAGACCAUUUUAAGUCAAAAAGAUUUGGGAACAGUUGGAUGUCUACAAAUGGUUUUCUUUUUGACCCCUGGCACAGCACUCCUGUAAAAAAGCACACAGAUGAAGGCAGCAUAGCAAGACAGACUGCAAAGAGCAUUUCUAGUAACUCUGCCAAUCAGCAGUCAUUGCUCUCAGCUAUACAGGGGUCUCAGACUCAAGUAAACAAUCUGGACAUCACAACCAUCCAUAAGCAGCGCAUGGAGCUGCAGCUCCUCAUAGCAGAGCUGAAGGAUCGUGAGCAGGAACUCAACAGCAUGGCUAGUGCUCAUCACAGACAGCUGCAGGCCUGGGAGCAGGACCGUCAGAGAGUGCUGACGCUGGAGCAGAGGAGUGCACGCCUUGAAGAUGAGCUGCAGAAACGCAACGAGGUGAUCCGAGCCAUUAGCAAGCGUUUAAAGACGGCGGAGGUACGAGAACAGGACAGCCGCAGGGAGCUCAGCAGCAUGCAGCAGCAGAUGCAAGAGCUCAGCCAGAGACAACAGCACAGCAGCCAACAACACCAAGACCUGGAAGAGAGGAAUCAGUGUCUGAACUCGAGCAUCCUGACUCUCUCAUCCCAGCUUGGCCAGCUUCAGGUUCAUGAGGAAGAGCUUAGUUCUAUGCUCAAACUGAAGGACAAAGAUAUGACGGAAGCCACAAAUCACAUAUUAGGCCUAGCUGAACGGCUACGGGAAUCAGAGUCAUCACUAAAAGAGUGCCAGGUUCGUGAGAGAAAAACGUUACAAGAAACGGAGGAAUACAGACGCCGCCUCAGAGAGGCCAGACAUCAAAAUGCUCAACUAAAAGAUGAGCUUCAAGAGAAGACUCUAGAGAACAACAGUCAGAGAGAGGAGCUCAUUCGGCUUAGACAAGAGAACCAGCUGCUCCGGAAAGAACUGUCUCUCGCAGAUGAAAGUGAAUGCUGGAAGGAAGAGUUACUCGCACUCGCACGUUCCAAACAAGAGCGCACAGAGUCUGAGCUUCUCUGCCUGCGACAGGUGUGUGAGCACCAACAGAAUGACCUACAGCUCUUGAAGCUCAACCUAGAGACCACCAGAGAGGCACUAAUGAAGUAUGAAAGUCAAAGGUCACUUGUGAGUCCAGGAGAUGUGACUUGUGUGUACACGGACUGUUCAACACCCACACCACGGAGGAGCACGACGAGUCCUGGACUUGUAGAGGAUGCAGUACUCAGCAAACAGCAUCAGGAGGCAUUCACCUCAUCCACAUGUCGCUUGAAGCGCUUGCUGGCGGAGUCACAGCAAAUGGUGGCCAGUCUGGAACUCUGUUCUGGAAAACCUCUAAACCGUUCCCAAAGCCCUCCAACACAACCCAGCGUCCUGAGUUCCACUUCACGCUGUGACUCUGUCUGCAGCCUCAACGAUAGUCAUACCAAUACAGAGACUCUUGAGCAGAUCCCGUCGCCCAAUAAGAACCAAGAAGAAAUACAAACAAGAAGGGAUGACUCUCUACUUCACAGUAUCGCCAGUUCACAGAAAACCAAGGAAUACGAUCAAGAGAUCUGUGACUAGACGUACUUGGACAUUAACGGUUCUUCCUGUGGACGUAGCCAUUCCUCCAUAUUUUCAAUUCAUUUUAAUGUAAAUAAAAAGUUCUAAGGCAACUAAA